CGCCCGGGACCCCUCGUCCUCCACAGCCUCGGGGGAGGGAGGCAGGGAGGCUCCGGCCUCGCCCCCAGGGUUCCCCCCAGGACCGGCAGGGCCGGCCGGGAUCCCCCCCCAGGACCGGCCUCUGGGACACCGGGGACACCAGGACCAGUCCCAGGGCCACCAGGACUAGCCCCCAGGGCCACCUGGACCAGCCCCAAGGCCACCAGGACCAGCCCCGAGGCCACCAGGACCAGCCCCGAGGCCACCAGGACCAGCCCCAGGGCCAGCAGGACCAGCCCCGGACCAGCAGGAUGGCCCCCUCGCCCGCUGCUUGCCUCCUCCUCGUCGCCCUCCUGCUCCACGAGGACCAGACCGGAGUGGCUGCCAAGGGCGGAUGUGGCGGUCAUGGCUGUGGAAAAUGUGACUGCAGUGGAGUGAAAGGACAAAAAGGAGAUCGGGGUCUUCCUGGAUUACAAGGCGUGAUUGGGUUCCCUGGAAUGCAAGGCCCCGAGGGACCACACGGACCCCCGGGAUACAAGGGAGACAGUGGAGAACCAGGCCUUCCAGGAACAAAAGGAACAAGAGGUCCACCAGGCAUCUCAGGUUUUCCAGGAACACCAGGAAUUCCUGGUAUUCCUGGCCAAGAUGGCCCCCCUGGCCCCCCUGGUAUCCCAGGAUGCAAUGGUACAAAGGGUGAUAGAGGCCCAGCUGGACCUCCAGGUUUACCAGGAUUUCAUGGACAGACAGGACCCCCAGGGAUGCCAGGAAUUAAGGGAGACCCAGGUGAAAUACUCGGCCAGCUGCCUGGAAUGCUGUUGAAAGGCGAAAGAGGCUUUCCUGGUUCUCCUGGACAAAUGGGUGCCCCAGGACUUCCAGGGGAACGAGGCCCCGUUGGCCCUACGGGAUAUCUAGGACCACCAGGUCCUCCUGGUCCACCGGGCCCUCCAGGCGAAAAGGGACAGAUGGGUUUGAGCUUCCAAGGGCCAAAAGGUGACAAGGGUGAUCAAGGUGUCAACGGACCUCCAGGACAACCAGGACAAGCACCUCACAAGAUAGAAAAAGGGAAUUUUGUUCCUUAUGUACAAAAGGGUGAAAAAGGUGAACCUGGGAUUCCGGGAAUUCAAGGCUCUGGAGAAAAAGGAGAACCUGGAAUUCCAGGACCACGGGGAAAACCAGGAAAAGAUGGCGAAAAAGGAGAAAUGGGACCGCGUGGCUUCCCAGGAGAAGCUGGAUUCCCGGGCCUCCCUGGGCGAGACGGUCCUAAGGGAGAUAAGGGACAUGCAGGUCCUCCAGGAGAGCCAGGAGCUUUUGCAAGCAUAAAGCCUGGAGAAAAAGGAGAACGAGGUUAUCCCGGGAUUCCUGGUCAGAAAGGUGAACCAGGGCACAAAGGUUACCCAGGUUUACCAGGCCCGCCAGGCCUGCCGGGGCUCACUGUCCCAGGGCUUGUGGGACCCCCUGGACCACGUGGGAUAAAAGGCGAGAAAGGGCAUAAGGGAGUUCCCGGACAGUCGCUGCCGGGACCAAUGGGAAGAGAUGGGCAUCCUGGACUCCCGGGACCCCCCGGCCCGCCUGGCUUGCCAGGCGUCAUAACUGGAGAUGUGGACUGCAUGCCUGGACCACCGGGAGAACCAGGCCUUCCAGGACCUCCAGGACAAAUGGGACUCAGUGGGGAGAUGGGGCAAAAAGGUGAUAAAGGAGAAGACUGCCUCAGCUGUGAUUCUGGAAAAGUCCCUGGACCCCCAGGACCACAGGGACCUAAAGGAGAAAGAGGCCUUCCAGGGCAGUCCGGGAUCAAAGGAGAUCGAGGUCAACCGGGGCGUGAUGGAAUGAUGGGAGUACCUGGUCUGCAAGGCAACCCAGGACUGAUUGGGCAGCCGGGAGUGAAGGGGGACCCCGGCGAUGUUAUCUUCGGCCCCGAUCUCAAAGGCGAUAAGGGAAAGCCAGGAAUCCCGGGUCCACCGGGCAUGCCAGGAAGGGCAGGACAACCCGGACGAGAUGGCCAACCAGGUCCUCCAGGUCCCAAAGGAUCCCCGGGCUUAGUCGGAGUGAAAGGAGACCGCGGUUUUCCUGGAGGACCUGGAGUUCCGGGGAGUCGUGGUGACGCAGGUCCCCCGGGCCCUCCCGGCGUCGGGCCCAGCGGCCCAGUCGGUGACAAAGGACAUCCUGGAUCGCCGGGAAGCCCAGGACCCCCGGGCCUGCCCGGGCCGAAAGGCAAUGACGGACAAGUCAUUUCUUUGAUGGGACACCCCGGGCCAAUGGGACUUCCGGGAACUCCGGGAUUUCCGGGACCACAAGGUGACAAAGGUUUCCCUGGGAACCCAGGAAGGCCGGGCAUCCCUGGAGAGAAAGGUUCUCCCGGUCAUCCGGGCAUCGGGUUCCCUGGGCCUCCUGGACCACAAGGUGCGGUUGGUGUGCCUGGGGAAAGAGGUCAACCUGGAACUCCAGGGUAUCCUGGGCUAAAAGGUUACCCUGGAAGCCCAGGAAUACCGGGACAAAAGGGUGAACCCGGCAUAGGUCUCCCCGGGCACAAGGGACAACCUGGCAUGCCCGGAAUUCCUGGCAUUCCCGGCCAGAAGGGGAACCCCGGCGGACCUGGCAUCCCGGGUGCACCGGGACAAAUCGGACCGCCUGGUUUGCAAGGAGAACAAGGCUUCCCAGGCCCGCCUGGAUUACAAGGUGUCCAGGGAUUGCCAGGAGCCCCAGGAAUUGGCCCUCAAGGACCCAUGGGCCCUCCGGGAGGGCAGGGACCACCAGGAUUGAAAGGCCAUCAAGGAAUUAAAGGAGAGAAGGGAUUCCCCGGUUUUCCAGGCCUGGAUAUGCCAGGCCCCAAAGGCGACAAGGGAAGCACCGGGGUGCCCGGCCCAACGGGCCACGCGGGCAUACCCGGCCCCCCCGGUCCCCAGGGGAACAUCGGGAUGCCCGGUAUCCCAGGCCUCAAAGGAGAAAUGGGGGUCAUGGGGACCCCCGGGCAGCCAGGCCCUCCAGGACCGAUAGGCACACCAGGAUUCCAGGGGCUGAAAGGGGAUCAAGGUUUCCCAGGGACCACAGGGCCCCGGGGAAAUCCGGGCUUCAAAGGUGACAAGGGUGAUGCGGGGCUUCCCGGCAAACCAGGCUCAAUGGAUAAAGUGGACAUGGACCACAUGAAGGGCCAGAAAGGCGACCAAGGAGAAAAAGGGCAGCUUGGUCCGUCUGGGGACAAGGGGUCAAGAGGAGACCCUGGAACUCCAGGAAUGCCAGGGAAAGCUGGUCAGGCGGGAACUCCUGGCCAUCCAGGACCUAAGGGUGAUCAAGGUCUCGAUGGAUCCCCAGGUUUUCCAGGAUCUCCAGGCCCUAAAGGAUCGGCCGGAGGAAUGGGCAUGCCAGGUCAACCUGGAGAAAAAGGUGUCCCUGGCCUGCCAGGCUCCCCAGGACACCCCGGCUUCCCCGGAUCCAAAGGCUCAAAAGGAGAGAAAGGAGUAGCUGGUGACCCUGGAAUCGGCAUUCCGGGCUAUCCUGGAGACAAGGGAGAUCCAGGAGUUCCCGGUUUUCCAGGAACCCCUGGAGAGAAGGGGGAUAAAGGCAGCCCAGGAAUUCCAGGAAUGCCCGGCCCACCCGGUCCCGGAGGCCAGCCUGGGAAUUUGGGCUACCCAGGAAGUCCGGGACUGCCUGGGGAAAAAGGGGACAAAGGACUUCCCGGCCUGGAUGGCCUUCCAGGACCCAAAGGCCAUACAGGUUAUCCCGGCCAGCCAGGACCUUCUGGUCCCAUUGGUCAGAAAGGUGAACCCGGGAGCGACGGAAUCCCUGGACCAGCUGGCGAGAAGGGUGAACCAGGUCUUCCAGGAAGAGGACGUCCAGGAUUUCCAGGCUCCAAGGGAGAUAAAGGUUCCAAGGGAGAACUGGGUUUUCCUGGAUCGCCAGGAAGUCCAGGAAUUCCAGGUCCCAGAGGAGACCAAGGAUUCAUGGGUCUUCCCGGUCCCCAAGGUCAACAAGGACCCCCCGGAAUGCCAGGCCAAGCUGUUGGAGGUCCCAAAGGAGAUCGGGGUCCACAAGGACAACCUGGCUCACCCGGUCUUCCGGGUCCUAUGGGGCCUCCUGGACAUCCAGGAUUAGAUGGAAUCAAAGGAGAAAAGGGAAGUACAGGUUGGCCGGGGGUUCGCGGCCCUGCUGGUGACAAAGGUGACCCAGGAAUUCAGGGCUUGCCCGGUAUUGGUGGUGUGCCAGGAGCAGCUGGUACUAAAGGUGACAUGGGACUUCCAGGAGUUCCAGGAUUUCCAGGUCAAAAAGGUUCCCCCGGGAUCCAGGGCUUCAAAGGAGAACGAGGAGAUCAAGGUUUCCCUGGAGCUAAAGGUCUCCCCGGCCCCCCUGGUGCCCCCGGGCCUUCCCAGGUGCUCCAAGGAGAACCCGGGCUGCCCGGCCAGGUGGGCCCGGCAGGCCCCAAAGGUUUCCCCGGCCCUCCGGGUCCCAAAGGACAACAAGGUGUGACUGGCUCUGCGGGGAUCCCCGGACCACCCGGCAUCCCAGGCUUUGAUGGUGCACCCGGACAGAAAGGAGAAACAGGACCCGUUGGUCCACCUGGCCCCAGAGGAUUCACCGGCCCACCAGGUCCUGAUGGACAACCGGGAGUUAUGGGACCACCAGGGACCCCUUCGGUCGACCACGGCUUCCUUGUGACCAGGCACAGCCAAACAAAAGAUGACCCUCAGUGCCCACCUGGAACCAAGAUCAUGUACAAUGGCUACUCCUUGCUGUACGUUCAGGGCAACGAAAGGGCUCACGGUCAGGACUUGGGUACAGCCGGAAGUUGUCUACGCAAGUUUAGCACUAUGCCUUUCCUGUUCUGCAAUAUCAAUAACGUGUGCAACUUUGCAUCGAGAAACGAUUAUUCCUAUUGGCUGUCAACCCCGGAGCCCAUGCCGAUGUCUAUGGCGCCCAUCUCCGGGGACAACAUCAGGCCGUUUAUCAGUAGGUGUGUAGUGUGUGAAGCACCUGCUAUGGUCAUGGCAGUGCACAGCCAAACAAUUCAAAUCCCGCCGUGUCCCAGUGGAUGGUUAUCGCUCUGGAUUGGCUACUCCUUCGUUAUGCACACCAGCGCAGGGGCUGAGGGCUCCGGCCAAGCCCUGGCUUCCCCGGGUUCCUGUCUGGAGGAGUUCCGCAGCGCGCCGUUCAUCGAGUGCCACGGGCGGGGAACCUGUAAUUACUACGCCAACGCCUACAGCUUCUGGCUCGCGACCAUAGAACGGCAUGAGAUGUUCAAGAAGCCGACUCCUUCCACCUUGAAAGCGGGAGAACUGCGGACUCACGUUAGCCGCUGUCAAGUCUGUAUGAGAAAACCCUGAGGACUUCUGACUUUCAGCUAACGUCACAAUAUGGUGCUAUCUGUUUUAACAGCAAUGAACCCUAGAAAUAUAGCCUAUGUACCUCACUGUUGUCGAAUAUGAAAACAGUAAAGUGCCUUAUAGAAAUCUGCAUAACUAACACCCCACCGCCCCCCUGCUUUUACUGGCCCUCUCUCCUUGCUGAAGAAAAGAGACAACCAAGAUAAGCUUCAAAUCUUGACAUACCAAAUGGCGCUUUUGAGCAAAAAGGAUAUCUAGAAAAUGCACUGAUCGUUGAACAAGGCGAGAGCUCAGUCAGAAAACUCAAAGGUGCUAGGAGGUGUACAGUGCCUUAGAUACUGUUUGACCUUCCCACCCCAGCUGUGUCAUUUUCGUAUUCUAUUUGGAUUCAGUUUUUCCUCCCCGGAGAUUAAUUGUCUGUUUUUACCCAUCUUCUUGGAGUUUCAAAUUUUUGCGGAUUCCUCGUUAUGUACGUAUUGUUUUUGUACAGAGUAACCCGAAUGUAAAGAAAAGUUUGGGGAGCGUCAAGUGGAGUUAAAAACUAAACAGUCCUAUCUUCCAAACCAUAUGGGUAAACUACGUCUUUCUGCUGUGUGUGGUACUAUGCAUCUUCUCCUACAGAAAAACACAAUUUUCCUGUGGAAUAACGUGGUCCAAAAGUGGUCAGAAAAAGAUAUAUAUUAUAUAUAUAUAUAUUAGUAAUUUAUAUAGAUAUCAGCAAUUAGGCAAAUCAAGUUUAGUUCCACUAUUAAAAUGAAGCUUACAUUCGUUUUCCUCUUUUUAAAAAAUCCAUUGUCUUCUGAGUUACAUGUCAACUGAAACCAAAGGAUUUCGGGUGACCCAGUGGUCUUUACACAGGUCACUUCACUACCCAAAUGACUGCUGCCAAAGAGAAACAAAUCCAGGUUCAUGGCUAUUCGUGUUUAUUAUAGUAAACCAUGUACUUUGAGCUUACUGUUUUUAUUCUGUAUUUAAUAAUUUCAGGGUCUUAAACACUAAUCACACACUGAAUGACUUGACUUUCAAAGUUGAACAGGCCUGACUUGUUAAUAUUCCUCAUUGUGUGGCGAGGUUGCGUCAGUAUUCUCAUUUAAGCCUCUCGGGCCUCACUUUCUGGCCCUCAACCCCUUGAUGUUUUGGAUGGGGCUGAUCUAGGCCGAGGGUGACAACCACAGAAAAAUGCCAGAAGAUUUUUAACGAGGACUAAGGCCUUUUGUGUAAUUUCUUAAAAUGUGUAUUUCUUAAAAAUUAAAAUUCGUAAUAAAACUAUUUGUGUAAAAAAAAAACACCUCUUAUUAAUUUGUGACCGGUGUGGAUCCAGAAUCGUUGAAUGCCUAUUACUGCGUAAGCAUCUAAUAAAUGCACAAGCUUAAUGCAAUUUAGGUCAUUUUUA